AUGGUAGACUGGUGCGAGGAAAUUGGAUACAAGCCAGCUGAUUUCGACGCGUUGAACGCCAUCCACAUUGCCGGGUCCAAAGGCAAAGGUUCCACGGCAGCCUUUAUCUUCUCGAUAUUGGCCGAGUAUUCAACGGAUGGAAGUGGUUUGGGGGACCAAUCCCCAGCUCCACUGGGUAAGAUUGGCCUUUAUACAUCGCCGCACCUACGCAGCGUACGGGAACGGAUCCGGAUUCGAGAGUCACAGAGGACCACAUUCAUGGAGACCUCUCUUGAUGAAGGGAAAUUUGCGCACUAUCUUUCAGACAUAUGGGAUCGAUUAGGAAUGGAUAAUCGACCGCCAUCCCAGAGCCCAUCCUUUGCGAAAUUCCUCACCCUAAUGGGUCUCCAUGCCUUCAUCCAGGAGAAAGUCGAAACGGCGGUGGUGGAGGUUUGUAUUGGAGGACGCUAUGACUCGACCAACAUCCUCCGCCAGCCCAGCGUCUGCGCAAUCAGUAGUUUGGGCCUCGAACAUACCGACAUCCUUGGUCACACAAUCGAGAGAAUUGCAUGGGCCAAGGGAGGAAUAAUGAAACCAGGGACCCCCUUGUUCACCGCGCCGCAGGAGCCUGGAGCCAUGGCCGUCCUGGAGGAUCUAGCACAGACGGAAGGUGUCGAUCUACAAGUUGUCACGGCCCAUCCAGACCUUGAUCACAUUGAGCUUGGUCUUGCAGGAGACUUCCAGCGGAUCAAUGCUAGUCUGGCGGUGGUGGUCGCUGCAAAACACCUAUCUCGCAUGGGUUACAAUGAUAUCCCAGAGACAGCGACAUUGAUGCAAUCUCCAUUGCCUAAGAAAUUCCGCCGGGGUCUCGAAAAUGCGCGAUGGCCGGGAAGAUGUGAGACGCGUGACCAUAAAGGAAUCCGUUGGCUGCUCGAUGGAGCCCAUACCAUAGAAAGUAUUGACGUGUUGGGGCCUUGGGUGGCCAAAAUGAUGGCGGCGCAGCGGCAGGCACGGCGUGUCCUGAUCUUUAAUCAACAGACCAAGGAUGCUGUCGCCCUUCUUCGACAUCUCCGCCAGAUCCUGGUAUCAGCGGCAUCCCAAUUGCUCAACGACACAGAAGUGGUUUUCCACCAGGUCAUUUUCUGCACAAACAUCUUGUGGGAACGGCAUGAAGCUCCAGAUCUUGAAAGAGUCUCUAUGACCUACUCGGGAGACUCGGUGGAUGAUCUGAGAUUGCAGCAUGAAUUAGCGGCGUGUUGGACUACGAUCAGUGGGGGAGAGUCCGAAGUGACCGUGGUGCGAACAGUAGAAGAGGCGAUCCACCAAGCAGCUCAUGGCCAUGGUCAUCCUUUUUGCAAGGAUGAAGACCAUAUCAACGGGGUGGUACUGAUCACUGGAAGUCUUCAUCUGGUAGGGAGCGCUAUGGAAUUUCUAGAUACGAUUGUCUGA